CUUGGUUAGCAUGUCUUCUGCCGGGGAGAGCAACGUGUACGGUGCAUAUGACGACCUGACCCGCAACUCGCGUGUUACGACCUCGAGGGCCGACAGUUCCUCGUCCGCAUCGCCACCGUCCUGCAGCCUACACCAUCAUCACCAUCACCUGGGGGGCUUCCUGGGGGCGUCCACGACUGCAGAACUCAGUGAUGACGAGCUGGGAGACUUGCCCUCCUGUGCGUAUGCUGGCCGCAAUACAGGCAGCGGCGUGCAGCAACUGCAAUAUCUGGGCGUGUCAGAUGAGCAGGCCAGCGAUCUGGGUGGGAGUGCGGCCGAUGGAACAGAGUACUACCCAAGCGGCAGUCCGUACCGUAUCCAGCGACACGCUGCGAACAUCCGGGAGCGCAAGAGGAUGCUGAGGUCCGCACCUGCCCCCCGCCCCCCGGCCCCCCACACACACGAGCGACCGCCAGUCAAAAUCAGCAUCAACUCGGCCUUCGACGAGCUGCGGGUUCAUGUACCCACGUUCCCCUACGAGAAGCGACUGUCCAAGAUCGACACACUGCGCCUGGCCAUCGCUUAUAUCGCGUUGUUGCGUGAGGUUCUCACGGCCGACUACGACCCUCUCACGUACGUGGAGAAGUGCCUGCGAGGAGAGAUAAAGGCAGCCGAACGCGCCGAGUGGAACACGAGCGAUCUGACAGCACGGUUGUCGUGGAUUAACUGGGAGAACCUGGGUGUGAAUCCAAACAGAAGAAGCGUGCUGACAACUCUGACGCUGACAGCAGAUAACAUGAACAACUGACGACGAAGUGAGAACCAUAUCAACAACAAGCCACUGACUUUCACAUGAACUAGUGGUCAAUAAGAACAAUACGACUUUAAGUCGCCUGCAAUAUUGUUUCCGUAACAUUCUGCUGGAACGUUAUGCAGCUUCCGAGAACGUUUCAAUGUCAGAUUCUAUAAGAUAAGAUCAUUCAUUGUUGUGUUAAAAUUUAUUGUUGUGUUUUUGUUUAUAUUUAUUUACUUUAAUGACUUGUGUUACGUAAUUUGUGGAUUAUUAUUGCAGUACAAUAUUCUUACACUAAUCCAUAACUAGCGUGAUUUUUCCAGUUCAUUUUAAUUCAUCUUACUAGUAGUCUUCAGCUCUCCGACCUUUAAAAAAAUGCCUUCAAAUUUUUAAAAUCUUUUAUCAGCUGUUAUUGUGUCUCUGCAGUCAAAACCUUUAAAUCUAUUUGUUUUACAUUAAUCAUUUACACAUAUAAAUGUUCACAUCCUGUCGAACAAACGUGAAUCUUAUAGCUUAAAUAUAAAAUGCACUAUGUACGGGGACUCAACCGCAAAAAACUCGAAAACAUAUUCAAAAUUUGAUAAUAUUGCCCUCGUCUAUGACAUGUAGAACACAAAUUAUUGGGGCAAAGAACGUAACUAUAUGGCUAAGUGGCCGCGCUAUAGUUCAAGCAGUCAGUCGCUGGCUUCCCACUGCGGCGGCGCAGGUUCGAUCCCGAGUCUGGUCAAG